UGGCCGGCAGCAUUUCCAUCAGGCACGCCGCGGCCUUUCCGGUUUCUCCUUCCUCUCGCGAGUCUUGCGUCACGGCCGCGUCGGGAAGUGUCCUCCGGGCUCGGAGCUGCCCGGCUGAAGCGUCCGGAAAGGACUAAAGAUUAGAUUGUAGGAAAAGUAGAAGCAAUGUUUCGAAGACCUGUAUUGCAGGUGUUUCAUAAAUUUGUAAGACAUGAGUCUGAAGCAGUAAGCAGCUUGGUUCUGGAAAGAUCCCUGAAUCGUGUGCAGUUACUGGGGCGAGUUGGUCAGGAUCCUGUCAUGAGACAGGUGGAAGGGAAAAACCCAGUCACAAUAUUUUCUCUAGCAACAAAUGAAAUGUGGAAAUCAGGAGAAAGUGAAGCAUACCAAAUGGGUGAUGUCAGUCAAAAGACAACAUGGCACAGAAUUUCAGUAUUCCGACCAGGUCUCAGAGAUGUGGCAUAUCAGUAUGUGAAAAAGGGGUCUCGAAUUUAUGUGGAAGGGAAAGUAGACUAUGGUGAAUAUAUGGAUAAAAAUAAUGUGAGGCGACAAGCAACAACAAUCAUAGCUGAUAACAUUAUAUUUCUGAGUGACCAGACAAAAGAGAAGGCAUAGAGCGGACCACUCUUCUUUGGCCAGUGUUUGGUAUAGUCUCAUUUCCAAAUCAUGUAUAGCCUUUAUAGUUUCUAAGGACAAAAAUUAAAAUAUUCUUUUAUAUAAAAUGA